CUGCGGGCAGGGAAGGCUCUGCAGCAGCCGGCUCAUCCUAUCAAUGAGGUUCGGGGAGCCAAGGUGGAGGAUGGGAGGAGAAUGGAACUGUCCCAGCUCCUCCGUGAGAUCAGGGCAAAGUAUGAAACGCUCAUCUCCAGAAAUCAGAUAAAGACCCUCAUCUCAGCAAGGAUCCAGCUAGAAGAAGCCACCAUUAAAAGAAUGGACAAAGAUGCAGAAGCAUUAAAGGCAGCCAGAGCAGAACUCUCUGAAGCCAGACGGCAGUGGUACCACAUGCAGAUCGAAAUUGAAUCUCUCCACGCUGUGGAAAAGGGUUUGGAGCGUUCACUGCGUGCCACAGAGCAGCAGUACCACAUGCAACUACAACAUUUAGAGGCCGAGAUUGAAUGCUUAGAGAAAGAGCUACUGGACGUGAGAAGAGGUAUUGAGAAGCAGCUUCAAGAGCAUGAAAUUCUCCUGAACACCAGGAUGAAACUGGAGGAGGAGAUAGCAACGUAUCGCAGCCUGCUUGAGCAAGAAGAGAACAGGUUUCGUUGCCCUGCACCUGACCAGCCAGAUGACAAAAAGCCUACCACAAGCAAGACUGCCUUUACACUGCCUUCAAAUAGUGUAAAGAAGCAUGCAAGUGAGAAGAUGGAACUGUUGACAAAACAAGCAAUCCUAGAUGGAAAUAUUAUGAAGGAAAGCACUGAAGCUCACGGCACUGUACAGACAGAAAAAGUAGAUGAAGUUAUUAAAGAAUGGGAAGGUUCUUUCUUUAAGGACAACCCUCGCUUAAGGAAAAAAUCCGUUUCAUUGCGUUUUGAUCUCCACCUGGCAGCCACUGAGGAGGGAUGUUUACACACUAAAAAGAAAACUCUUCCUGACAUUGAAGUCAGGCUGGUAAUGAGGAGAUCCUGCAGUAUUCCUUCUAUCAAACCUUAACCUUCACCAAAUUCACCCAACGUUCAUCUCCAACCAGCUCUGGAAAUAAACUGCAGAUGGACUUACACAGCCUCCGGUCUCGCCACAACCAGGAAACCUUCCCAAGUACUUUGAUUAACACAAUAAAAACACACAAAUCUUUUAAAGGAAAGGGAGAAGAGCAAGGGAGUUAUGACUCCAACAAGCCUAACUUCUACUAGUUUUGUACUCUGGGUGCCGCCCUUUAAUUUUCUCAUUAUUAUUAUUUUGUAGAAUUUCACCAAAUAUUACAAAAAUUAAACUGUAACUUCAUACUUUGACAUUGUCUGCCUUUCUAGAAGAGAACUUGUUUUCUCUUUUUGGAAAUGACAAAUGCUAAUUUCAUUUUCUUAAUUAUUCAAUAUUGCAUACACAUAAUGAUGAAUCUUUGUAAUAGUUUAUACCACAACUGCCAUACUUCUUGAAAUAUAUUUCAAAUAACACUUUCUAACAGCAAAAAUUACAUGCAAAGAUGCUCUUAGAACACAGAAACUAUUAGCAAAUUUAGAAUUUUCUUUCACAAUUAGCUGGUAUUUUUAAGUUGUGGGUUUUUUGGCAACAACUGAGCAAAAAUGUCUUUCCCUUACAUCAUGAUACACACAUUUUUAAAAGUGUUGCUACAAACCAGUAAUACUUUAGCCAUAAUGUUCCACUGAUUUUGAAGCAGUAAUUUCCACUGAAAAUCAACCAUUCUCUUACAUGUCCACACAUAUCUGUACUACAACUUUCUUAGCCAUAGCAAGUAAAAUUAUACUCAUUAACUGGUAAGGAGUCAACCAAUCAUUUUAAUGCUGUUAUUUAAUUAAUGUUGUUUAUUAUAACGACAAAUUCCUCUUCUGACAAAUAAUACAUGUGAAUUAUGUUCUUGAUCUAUUACACAUAACAAGUCACUAUCAUGCCAGGUUACAACUAUUAUUCCUUCAAAUUAAAUGGAAAAAAUAAGGGCUACACAUUCAAAGUAAAAUUCUGCUAUACCCAUUAAGUGUCCCCCACUUCUACUCUAAGUCACUACAGUCAAAUACAAAGUACAGCAGAUGUUCUUGUGUCUCUGCACAGAAAAAGCAGAAAUCCAAACUCAGACAUACUUCUUCAUAACAUUAUGAAACAAAUUUAAAACAAAAAUUCAGACAAAACUGUAUUAAGAAUGAUUGCUUGUGAGGAUUUUCAAGAGGCAUGGAUGUCACAAACUAACGGAAAUCCCUGGGAUUGCAGGGCCUCAGAAUCUAGAAAAACCACAUACCAUAUUUGCUGGACUCAGCAGCAUGUAGAAGUGUCAGUAUUUGCCUCAUUACUUACAGCGUGUGUUACAAAAACUGAUCCUACAGAUUCUUUCAGUGUUACAUUUCACUUCUAUCUUUUGUUAAAGGUAGGAACAAGGUGUUUAUAUUGCCCACAGUUCUAUAUCUACUGUAUGAAGCUGCUAAUUAUAAUUAACCUUAAUACUGAUCUGGUGUUGUUAAUACUUGAGUAUUUGGCAUCCUGAAUGUAUUCGCCUGCUCUAGUAUUUUCACUAUGCAGCUUUUUUUUUGUGCUUCUACUCUGUACAGUUUACAAUACUUGAAUUUAAACUAAGUUCUAAUGGCUUCAAGGCACUUUAAAAAGGGAUACGAAUUUACCAAAGUAAAUUAUAGCACUACAAUAAAAAAGUAAUAAAAUGGAGUUUGCCCAUGCAUAUUUUGUGAGUUUUAAUGUCUAUAUGUUAAAAGGAAAGAAGUAACAAAGAAAUACAAAAUAGAAGUUGUAGAUAAGAAAAUCUGUAGUGCUGCAAAAGCAUGUGUUUUCUAAGCUCUCCUCUGCAAGUGGAAGGGCACGAAUUCCCUAAGAAUCUUUAUCAUAACAUGUAAGGUGAGUGUCCUCCUGCUACAAAAAUUACUCUUUUUCUGGCAAAUCCAGCAACCUCGACUAGAUCUAAAGUCCUUUGCUCCAAGCAGCACAAAGAAAUAACAGAAGACAGCAUCUAGCAUACAAAGAUUGCAGUCUGAGAGAGAAGCUGACAGGCAAAAAUAAAUAGCAGGCAAAUAUGUAACAGAAACUGAGCUUAAUAGAGAUACCUUUAAAACUCCUUAGGC